CACGUGACUGGGGCUCGAGUCAGCUGACGCGGGAGGGUUUGAAGCUACACCGCGAGGGAGCGAGGCCGCAGUGACAGCAGCGGGUGUUUAAACGCCGGUUGCACCGCCGCGCCCGCCGGCGUUCGGCGCUCCCCUCCCCGGCAUGGCAGUGCCCGUAGGCCCGCGCGGCUCAGAGACUGAGCGCCUCCUGACACCCAAACCUGGGUAUGGGACCCAGGUGGGGCCUUCCCCAGCCCCUUCCACCCCUCCAGAAGAGGAGGAUCUCCGCCGUCGUCUCAAAUACUUCUUCAUGAGCCCCUGUGAUAAAUUUCGGGCCAAGGGCCGCAAGCCCUUCAAGCUCAUGCUGCAGGUGGUGAAGAUCCUGGUGGUCACAGUGCAGCUCAUCCUGUUUGGGCUCAGCAACCAGCUGGUGGUGACGUUCCGAGAGGAGAAUACCGUCGCCUUCCGGCACCUCUUCCUGCUGGGCUACUCGGACGGGGCGGAUGACACGUUCGCGGCCUACACCCGGGAGCAGCUGUACCAGGCCAUCUUCCACGCCGUGGACCAGUACCUGAUGCUCCCUGACGUGUCCCUGGGUCGGUAUGCUUACGUGCGGGGCGGGGGCGGGCCCUGGGCCAAUGGCUCGGCCCUGGCCCUCUGCCAGUGCUACUACCACCGGGGCCACGUGGACCCAGCCAAUGACACCUUUGACAUCGACCCCAUGGUCAUCACUGACUGUAUCCGGGUGGACCCUCCCGAGAGACCCCCUGUGCCCCCCAGUGAUGAGCUCUCCCUCUUGGAUCGCAGCACCAGUUACAAGAACCUCACGCUCAAAUUCCACAAGCUGAUCAACGUCACCAUCCACUUCCAGCUGAAGACCAUCAACCUCCAGAGCCUGAUCAACAAUGAGAUCCCAGACUGCUACACCUUCAGCAUCCUGAUCACAUUUGACAACAAGGCACACAGUGGGCGUAUCCCCAUCAGCCUGGAGACCCAGGCCCACAUCCAGGAGUGUAAGCACCCCAGCGUCUUCGGCCAUGGGGACAACAGCUUCCGGCUCCUCUUUGACGUGGUCGUGAUCCUGACUUGUGCCUUCUCCUUCCUGCUGUGUGCCCGCUCACUGCUGCGAGGCUUCCUGCUGCAGAGCGAGUUUGUCAGGUUCAUGCGGCGGCAGCGGGGACAGGUCAUCAGCCUGUGGGAGCGGCUGGAAUUUGUCAACGGCUGGUACAUCCUGCUGGUCACCAGCGACGUGCUCACCAUCUCAGGCACCAUCAUGAAGAUUGGCAUCGAAGCCAAGAACCUGGCAAGCUAUGACGUCUGCAGCAUCCUCCUGGGCACCUCGACGCUGCUUGUCUGGGUCGGCGUCAUCCGCUACCUGACCUUCUUCCACAAGUACAACAUCCUCAUUGCCACGCUGCGGGUGGCCCUGCCCAGCGUCAUGCGCUUCUGCUGCUGUGUGGCCGUCAUCUACCUGGGCUAUUGCUUCUGCGGCUGGAUUGUGUUGGGGCCCUACCAUGUGAAGUUCCGCUCGCUGUCCAUGGUGUCCGAGUGCCUCUUCUCGCUCAUCAACGGGGAUGACAUGUUCGUGACGUUCGCGGCGAUGCAGGCGCAGCAGGGCCGCAGCAGCCUGGUCUGGCUGUUCUCCCAGCUCUACCUGUACUCCUUCAUCAGCCUGUUCAUCUACAUGGUGCUCAGCCUCUUCAUCGCGCUCAUCACCGGCGCCUACGACACCAUCAAGCAUCCGGGCGGAGCGGGCCGAGAGGAGAGCGAACUCCAGGCCUACAUCGCGCAGUGCCAGGACAGCCCCACCUCCGGCAAAUUCCGCCGUGGGAGCGGCUCCGCCUGCAGCCUCCUCUGCUGCUGCGGCAGGGACGCUUCGGAGGAGCAUUCAUUGCUGGUGAAUUGACUCGGACCCGGACCGUCAUAGGACAUUAGCCCCCGGACUGCGGAGACCCAUGCUUAUUUAUUUUAGCCUUCGCUUUUUAAGGACCGGCUCCUUGUCGCGCCCUGUGAGGGCCUGGGCUAGUCGAGUCGGACAUUGGAGUGGAACAGGGAGGGUUAGAGUGGGUGGUAAAUAAAGGGGAAAAUUAACUUGCUGUC